AUGGCGUUUUUCGACGACUGCAAGAAGAAUGUGUCAGUUGCACUCAUCGACAUGCAUAGUUGCAGCCUUGAAGCUAAAAUUAAAAUGAACCUAGAUGCUCAAGUUGUGGAACAGGUUGCUGAAGUUAAGAAGCCAGAGAGGAAGAAGCCCAAAUCCAAAGAGCCUAUGGUAAAAAAGGCUAAAGUUGAGAAGGGGAAGAAGGUCAAGGAUCCUAACAUGCCUAUGCGUCCUCCCACAACCUUCUUUGCAUUCUUAUUGAUGCGAACUAGUUUCCUUGCAGGGGUUGACAAUUGUUACUCAUAUUCACAAUAUCCAUACUAUCCCGGGCAGAGAGUAAAGGUUAAUACCUCCACAGCUUCUAAACCGGCUAGAUGGCUGGGUGGCACCUGGAAAGACAAUCAUGAUGAAGGUGCUCUUCUAAGAGACAAACAACUGGAUGAAAAUCUCAGUGAUCAUAACUUGCACUUUGUGGAAUCUCCUGCAUUGGCUCCACCAGAAGUUCAAAUUGAUUUUGCUGCACAGCAACAAUAA